AUGCUCACAUUGCUCUGUCUGUACUUCGCUGUUUGUUUGCUACCGCUGCUGCUGCUCGGAACACACGCACGCACAUCCCAACGGCGAGGGUACAGGAGAUGCGAAAACAGGUUUACCUCCAAGCAGUUCAUCUUCCCGACCGUCAGACCUCCGGCUCCAGUGGGAACAGCGAUCUGCUCCCGAGCCAGUAGCCGAUGUACCUUCGACAACUUCACAACGACACCGGCAACAGCUUCCAAACGGUGGCCAGUAUUGAGUGAAAUGCCGACAAACAGUGAAAUGAAAAGCCUAUUUGUGUUUCUGGCACUAGUGAUUACCAUCGAUCAGCUGCACGCCGCAGCUGAGCAGUAUCUCGCCAGCUGUCAGACUCCGGACGGGGAGGCCGGAACCUGUGUGCUGGUACGCGAGUGCCCGUUCGCUCUGGCCGUGCUGAAGAAGAAGGAUCACUCCAACAACGAUGUGCGCUAUCUGGAGGCGACACGCUGCGGUGAGCUGGGGAAAAAGGUUUUGGUCUGCUGCAAUGAACCGAACGUGACGCAAACAUCGGAACCGGUCGAUGCGGAAACUAUUGCCGAGCUGGUUGAGAAUCGGUUUGGUACGCGGGAGCAGAAGCGAGAUCUGCUACCGCCGGUCUGUGGACAGCAAACCGACGGUCGUCUUAUAGGGGGCGAUCGUGCCAACCUGUUCGAUUACCCCUGGAACGUGUUGAUCCAGCAUCGAACGAAAGAUGGAGAGCCUCGCUUUCACUGUGGAGGUGCUUUGAUAAACAAUCGCUACGUAGUCACCGCGGCUCAGUGCAUAAUGAGCAUGAAGAAAUCCUGGACCAUCGCGGGAGUUCGUAUCGGUGAAUCCAAUAUAGCUACGAAUCCCGAUUGUUUCUAUGAACAAGGCGAUACGAUCUACGACUGUGCCGAUCCGGUUCAGGAUAUCGCCAUCGAGAAGGUAACGAUACCAGAAAACUAUACCAGCGUCACCGGUACACCGGAAGUCAAGCACGAUAUCGCACUAAUCCGCCUAGCUCGGCGGGUUGAACUGAGUGAAAGUGUCGCACCGAUUUGUUUGCCGGCUGAUUUCAAAGUUCAAAACGAACUGAACGCUAUCUCACCAAGUCGCUUUAUCGAAAGCGGUUGGGGCAAAACGAUUGACGCGGCUGGUAGUGAGCAUAAGAUGACCUUUUCUUCCGAGGCGGUGUCACAGGACGAAUGCCGUCAGAAGUAUCCCCAUGCUCACUUGGACGAUGGACACAUCUGUGCCAAACCACAGCGAGAAGCCGACACUUGCCGGGCGGACACGGGAGGUCCACUAGCGAUCCGCCAUACCAACGGUACCCUAUAUCUGGUAGGUGUGGCAAGUGUACGAAAACAGUGUGCCAUCACCGGGGAGCCUGCAGUGUACACUAAUGUGGAGCGUUAUGUUGAUUGGAUCAUCGAUAAUCUCGAACCAUAGAGAUUCCUUUACGUUUGCGAAUGGCCGAAAUACCGAAGUGUAUAGGAUCGGUUCACAAGGGGUUAUGCUUGAAGUUGAGCCUCUAUACCAAGUACUAUUAUAACGGAAUCACGACGAAAAAAUAGGUACAAAUAAAUGUUACAAAAAUAUCA